CCCCACCCCCUCCCCAAAAGCGUCAAAGUCCGAUCCACCUGCAACGCCUGCCAACAAGCCAAAAUCCGCUGCAGCCACGAGAAACCCUCCUGUCGACGAUGUCAAAAGCACAAUUUGAGUUGUGUGUAUAGUAUGUCUCGACGGUUAGGACGACCAGCGAAGAAGAAAGAUGGUGGGGAGGAUAUGGAUACGUUGGAGUUGGAUCAUCAUCAUCACAAUCACAAUAAUAAUAAUCGGGGAAGGAGUGGGUGUAAGAAGCAGAAGAAGAGAGUGGUUGAUCAGGAGGAAAGUAUUUUGGAUGGUGAUGGGGAUGUGUUGGAUGAGCAUCCGUUGAUGAUGAUGGAUGAGGGGGUUGGUUCUUUCUCUCUCUUUCUCUCUCUUUCUCUCUCUCUCUCUCUCUUUCUUCCUUCUGGUAUGUGGAUGAGUGUUGAUGAUAUAGUCUCCGACGCCGGCAUCGAUCUCUCCACCGAUAGCUGGCUACACGAAUUCAUGUCAAAUCCUGCUGCCGAUCUAGCACAAGAGAAAGAACUCCUCGAUUCUCUCGGUCUCAGCAGCAUCAAGCCCGAGAGUACCUGCGCGGAAAGGUCCCCCGAUCUGAAAGACAUCCCCAAGACACUCAUCCCCGAUGCAUCGGACAGUCACUACAUCGCUCCGACCAGCUUCGAACAGGACCCCUUGAUCGAGGUGGACCCUCAUCCCGAGUCAAAAUACAUCAAGGAAGAGUCCCUGUCCUGGCCACAGCCAUUCUCGACAAUGGACGACUUCCCAACCAGAUCCAUGGUCACGGAGGCGAGCGCCUUUACUCAAACCAAAGUAUCCAAACGUCCAUACGCAUAUGGCUUCCCCUCCACCACCGGGGAUAUCAAACCCCCUCCUGUCAUGCUCGCACCACAGCAUUACCAAUGCCAAUGCCACGAGAGAACUACCCAGGAUCUAAUCCGUGUGAAUAUCUUUGCAUCGCGCGCGAGUCCCUGCGCGACCAUCGACUCCAUCAUCUGCUGUCAACGCGUACUGCAGCAGUUAUCCGAGAUGAUUCUGCAGUGUGGAGUUUGUUCCAGGACGAGAUUGAAUCUGCUGAUGGUGGUGAUUGUCAGUAUCGAUGGUCUGGUAAAUGCCCUCGAGCCCAUCACUGCCAUGGAAACCGGUCUCGUGGAUAGACUGUUCACCGGAUACCACGAUCAACUGCUGCCGGAGAUUCCAGGGAACGCGAAUGUUCUACGGUACCGAGGGAAUGGUUCCAAGCGGCAGGUAGAGGCGUGUGCGUUGAAGAUCGGGACAUUCUGCGUCUCGUACGAAGACAAGUUCAUCUUCAUCAAACAGUUGUUGCUGUUUCGGUUGGGAGGACUCCUCGACACGGUCCGCAGGAUUCAAGCCUGUACGCAGGACACCCUGGCAAUGCCGGCAUCACAAGGCCGAUUGAUGAUGAUUAUGGAGACGGAGCAGCGGUUGCGGGCAGUGAUUAUUCGGACGCAGAGGAUCACAAUCCUCGACCUCACGCAGCGAAUCCACACCCACACGCAGGAAAUCCUAACCUGUACCGAGUGCCGAACCCCGUCUUCACUCACCAUGCUCCCCGCGCUAGCAGACCACUGUCUGGGACUAUUCGAGGCGGUGUGCGUGGCGUAUAAUAUGACUGGGACGAGUUCGAAAGGGUUGUUUGAUGCGGGGCAGUCGCUGCCGCUGCCGAGGGUGAUUUGUAUGAGGAGUAAGACGCAGUUGGGACAGAUGGAGUUGGAUGAGAAGGAGGAGGGGUUGUUGGUUAGGAUGCUGGUGGGGAGGGGGUGGGGAGGUUGGUGGAGGGGUUGGGGAUGGUGGUUAAGGGGUGGAGGGUUGUUGGGGGAAGGAUGGUGCUGGUGGUGGGGGGGUGAGGGCGUGUGA